GUUUUCAAUGUUUCCACAUUUUUACCAUGUUUGGUAUUCAAUUUGAGAUGUUCCCAGGUUCAGGAAGAGACUAAAGUAUAUUAUUAAAUAUAAAGAUGACAUGUUACUCAACAACAGCUUUGGUUAACCGCCCCACCGGCUCCACCUGCACCAGGGAGCGUUGGGAAGCACCCCAGUCCGUCAAUGGACUACAAAGAAUGAAAGAGAUGGUGAUGUGCCCUCGGUGUGAACAGAGGGCUGGGCUAAACAACAGCUACUCCUCUAACCCUAACCCUAACCCACACUGACAACCUUCUGGCCAUCAAGACUUUAUUGCAGUUCAAGCAGGUCUAUUGUGAAUUCUCUCUCACGGACAUCCAAGCAUCUCCAGCCAACAGGGAAAACUACAAUGGCAUUCCUCUCCGGGCUCGGAAGAACUUAUUUUUCUCCUGGUCUCUUUAGGAUGACCCGCGCUGUCUUGUUCAUCCUGGUGAUCUUUGUGUGUCUUGCACCGAUACUGGAGUUCAACAGCACACAGGCACUCUACAACAAGGAUCGUUCACUGAAGGAUGAGCUCUACCAGACACUGAAGGAGUUUACAACUGAAAUACGCCUCCAUUAUGUUGUUUUCGAGGAGGUGUUCACGAUUUGGAUGACCCGCACUGUCUUGUCCAUCCUGGUGGUGUUUGUGUGUCUUGCACCAAUGCAGGAGGUAUACAGCACACAGGAUGACAUAAAGAAGAAGAUUCAAGCUUUGGGAUUGAAGGCCAAUUCCCUGAAGGAUUACUGCAAUACUAAGAAGGAGGCCAUCUUUAAAAUGUUGGAAAAGGACGAUCAGUCCCUUGACGCUGCAUUGGCCAAAGCAGAAAAACGCAAGGGGCCCGUGUUUGCAGCAAUAAAGGACAAACUUGAGAUGGCGAAGGAGUCGAACUCUGAACGAAAAGCUCAAUUGCAGCACUUCACUCAUGUCUGUGACCUCAGUUGUGAGCACAUCCAGAAGGAAAUCAUGAGACUCAAAGACUUAGUCAAUGAACCCGAGGUGAUAAAAAAUGUAUUAUAAUUAUUACUUAU